AUGUCCGACCUCCUCAGCUCGCGCUGGGCGCCCAGCGCGAGCGAAUCUUACAGUCACCACUCCCAGAACCAUACACCCCGCCGCCCACGCUCCGAAAACCGCAUCCGCUCCAAUCCCUCCCCAACCCGCCGCAAUGACAACAAUAAACGAACACCAACCCCAACCAUAACCCCAAACCCAAACACCCUCCUACCCCCCUCCGAAGAACUAAACCGCUUCAUGAAAAUCGUCGCACGCCUCCGCUGGAAACUUCCGUUUCUAGCAGAAGGCUACCGCCUCGCAACCCUAGACGCUGGCAUGGCCUCAGAAUCCCAAUCCGAAAUCAUGUUCAAGAUCGAUUUUCACGAAUACUACGCACUCCUCGAGCGCGCAAUCGUUCAUCUCCUAGGCGUUUUCAAUAUAACCGUUUCAUCUCGCGCGCGGGGUUUCGCAUCCGGAUCCGUACACCGAUACCAUGCAAACGUGCUGCAUGCCCUUGAGCAGGAGACCUCGCCGCUGACGCCGAUUCUGGGGUCUGGGAGGGUUUAUUUGUUAUUGAGGAAGGCGAAGGAGUUGAGGAAUAGGUGGAAGACGGCGGAUAUGACGGUCGAAGAGAGGGAGAAUGAUCCUUGGGAGAGGAAAGAAGUGGUGCCGUUGAAGGAGUUUGAUUUUGAGGACAUUCUUUCAGGGAUUUUUGGGGGUUUGGAGGAGGCUUAUGUUAGGGCGCGGGAGCAUGUUGAGCUUUGCAGGAGGCCUGGGGAGGGGGGGAGGGGAGGAGGAUGGGGAGGAGGAUUGGAGGUUUAUGGUUGA